GACUCUAGCAACACCCUGAGGGGAAAUUCUUCAGGUCGCUCUGCCGGUCCUGACUCAUUCCCAGUUCAUCCAGCGCCGGGGAAAGCAGCAAGUCGCUGCAAUCUUCCCCCCUUGUUUAUUUCGAGACGCGGUGGUCAGAAUAACACCGCCACAAGAAGAAAGAGUAAAAAUAACAUCUUGGGUGUUGUGGAAGGCGGGAGACCGGGACACUUGGUGCCUCCGUGCCCUCCUUCACUGACUGACUGCGCUUCCUGGUUGCGGCGGUGUUGGGUCGUGAGUAAGUCGGGGGGGGUUUCGGCGCCCGCCUUGUCGCGGGGAGAGAGAGUGUGUGUGGAGGAGGCGGCAGCUUCAGGGUGAAGAUCUCUCUCCCCCACCCCCCUCUCGCCUCAUCACCCACCGAGCGGCACCCAUGGCGACCGUGGCGUGCAGGGUGCAGUUUCUGGACGACGUGGACACGUUCGUUUGCACCAACUUCCCCGAGCCCCGGAGACCACCGGUUUACAACCUGUGCGACACUCUCCCACUCAUCGCGCAAGUGGCGAGCAUCCACAAGCUGCUGGACGCCCCGCUCAAGUUGGAAGACUGUGCACUGCAGAUAGGUCCGAAUGGAAAUUACUUGGAUCUGGAGUUGUCAUUGGAUGAGCAGAGAGAUGACCUUGAAGGGUUUUUUGAAGAAGUUGGCAAAGGCAGACGCCCGACCCUAAUCCUCCGGACCCAGCUGUCUAUACGAGUCCAUGCCAUUAUAGAAAAGCUGUACAACUCGAAAGGCCCUGAUUUAAGAAGAUCACUUUUCUCUUUGAAACAGUUAUUUCAGGAUGACAAAGAUCUGGUGCCUGAGUUUGUCAAUGCUGAAGGGCUGACAUGUCUGAUCAAGGUUGGAGCAGAGGCAGACCAGAACUACCAGAACUACAUCUUAAGAGCUCUGAGCCAGAUUAUGCUGUUUGUGGAUGGCAUGAAUGGGGUUAUUGGCCAUAAUGAGACAGUCCAGUGGCUGUACACUCUCACAGGGAGCAUGCACCGUUUAGUGGUGAAGACUGUUCUGAAACUCUUGUUGGUGUUUGUGGAAUACACAGAGAGCAACGCAGUUCUUCUGAUCCAAGCUGCCAACAUCGUGGAUGAUAAAAGAUGCACAAAGAACUGGACAAGUUUAGUUGAAAUUCUAGAGGAGAAGAAUGGCGCUGAUUCUGAGCUGCUGGUUUUCACAAUGACACUGAUUAACAAGACCCUCGGGGCUCUUCCAGACCAAGAUUCGUUCUACGAUGUUACUGAUUGUCUUGAGCAGCUUGGAAUGGAAAACAUCAUCCAAAGGCACAUGAGUAAUAAAGGAACUGACCCGGACGUAAAGCAGCAGUUCACCAUUUAUGAGAAUGCACUAAAAUACGAAGAUGGUGAAGAAGAUGGACACACGCCAACUUCACGAAGGGACAGAAGGAAGCUGACGCCUAAUGUGGAUGAUGGACGGAAGAGCAAGCGAUCUUCAGGACAAAAUAUGGCUGAGCUGUCACCAACCAGGCCAGCUCAGGCUAGUCCUCACAACCCACCUCCUGAGGGAAUGAGCCCCAACAGCCCCACAACACAUGACAUUAAGACUUCAAAAGUGAUUUCUAGCCAUUCAAAACAAUCUGAAGACCUAACACAAUCUGAAAUAACUUCAACCACACAUGUAGCCAGUGCAAGAGACUUAAACUCGCCAUCUGUAGACCAAGUGGAGGUUUCAACAGGGGAAUGCUCCUACAUCAGCCAUUAUGUAGCAACACCUUUCACCUUUCCAUCAAGACCUAGGGCUGUUAGUCAAGCACCAGAUGAGAGCUCCCCGAGCUCCACCAGGCCUACUGUGCAAAAUUCAUAUCCAUCAUUUAGUAAUUCAGAUUCGCUGAAUGCAUCUUCAGAAAACAAAACUGUGAAAGCAGGCCCCGGCGAAAGAAGUAUUUUCAAGGCUGAGAGGAUUCAGAUUAAGGAUAAACCAGUUCUGCAAAAGUAUGGAAAUCGCUUUUUAGAAAAUCUCGUCGCAACGCAAAGAGAGAGGGAUGUGAACAAAUCAUGUUUACACCAUGCGAUGUCAACAUCCAUGGAAAGAACCUCUGAUGCAGUUGAAGUGCUAAGUGAAAAGGAGCAACAGAAUGAAGCGUUAAAUGAAAGAGAGCCAUGUUCAGCCUCCAGCAGCUCUUCCACCAGCAGUACGUUGGAGAGGGAAGAGAGAGAAGACAGACAGGCGGGCGAUAACGAGACAGCAGGACAGUGCCUCAUCCGUCAGUCCAGUUUGGAUCAGUGCAGUGCUAUCUCCAAUGACAAAAAAUUCAUGCUGGACAUGUUGUAUGCAAAAUCCGAGCCCAGCGACCUGGAAGUAACCCAGGAAGAGGUCCCUACUGCGAUUGAGAAAAAACUCUCAGAGGAGGCUCUGGUGGAAUCCGCGGAGAAUUUGAUCAGACACUUUUCCAGGCAGGACAUCCAUCAGAAUGUGGAAAGCCCAAAGAAACCUGCAAUUGAAAGCAUCCCUGGGAAUGUAAAAGCCACGGUGGAGAGAUUUGCUGAACCUCAGAUCAAGGUUUUGAAGGAACAGUUUAGCAUUGAUGGAGAACUGAAUGAGAAGAAUGGGGAGAAGUCUCCCAUAAUUAUGCCAUUGAAGAAAGACUCUGAAUACAUGUGGGAUCAACUUGAAGCAAGUCCCAGAGAGCUGAAGAUCAAAGACUUGGACUUCACAGAUCUCCGAGAUGAGGAGGACACAGAUGUUCUGGAUGCAGACUCGGGUGUGGCCGAUAAACCAGCUGCUCCAUUACCGAGUAGUUCGAUGGUUCCACAUGUACCACCACCUCCCGGGUGUCCCCCACCACCUCCCCCUCCCCCUCCCCCUCCACCGCCAUCCUUUGGACAAGUUCCAAGCCCCCCUCUCCCUCCCCCACCUCCAUCAUCUAAGUUAUCAUCGCCGCACGGAGCCGUUUCUGCAUUUGCAAAUAAAAGAAAAACUGUUAAGCUCUUCUGGAAGGAACUAAAGCAGCCAGAGGGCCCUUUCAGGAGCUGUAAAUUUGGCCGUGGAACAGUCUGGGCCUCCUUGGAUAAAGUGACUGUGGACACCACUAAAUUGGAACACUUGUUUGAAUCUAAAGCCAAGGAACUACCUACAAAGAAAGGAGGAGAUGCCAAAAAGCAAGGAUUAAUCAUACUGGAUCCAAAGAGAAGUAAUGCGAUUAACAUUGGUCUUACGGUGUUACCUCCAGUACAUAUUAUCAAAAACGCCAUUCUCAACUUUGAUGAAUAUGCGAUCAACAAAGAAGGCAUUGAGAAAAUUUUGACCAUGGUUCCUACCGAAGAAGAGAAGCAGAAGAUCCAAGAAGCUCAAUUGGCAAAUCCCGGUGUUCCCCUGGGCACAGCUGAGCAAUUCCUUUUGACCUUGUCCUCCAUCAAUGGGAUCAAGGCCAGGUUGCAGCUCUGGGCUUUUAAACUAGAUUAUGAGGUCAUGGAAAAGGAAAUAGCCGAACCAUUAUUUGACUUGAAGCUUGGAAUGGAGCAACUUGCAAAGAAUAAAACUUUCAAAUCAGUUUUGGCAACACUGCUUGCCAUUGGAAAUUUUCUGAAUAACACGAGUGCCAAAGGAUUUGAACUGAGUUAUUUGGAGAAAGUGUCUGAAGUAAAGGAUACUAUCCAGAGGCAAUCUUUGCUGUAUCAUACGUGUAACCUGGUGGUGGAGAAAUUCCCAGACACAACAGAUGUGUAUUCAGAAAUUGCAGCAAUCACAAGAUCUGCCAAGGUUGAAUUUGACCAACUGGCAGAAAGUCUUGUUCAGCUGGAAAGGAAAUGCAAGGCUUCGUGGGAUCACUUGAAAGUGAUAGCUAAACACGAAACAAAGCCUGUUUUAAAAAAUAAGAUGACAGAAUUUCUAAAGGACAGCACAGAAAGGAUAAUAAUCCUCAAGGUGGUACAUCGUAGAAUAAUAAACAGGUUCCACACUUUCCUUUUGUACCUUGGUCACCCUUCAUCCACGGCCCGGCAGAUGAAGAUUACCAGGUUCUGUAAAAUAAUUAGCGAGUUUGCACUGGAGUAUCGGACUACACGAGAGCGGGUGCUGCAGCAGAAGCAGAAACGAGCUGCUUACCGGGAAAGGAACAAGACGCGGGGCAAGAUGAUCACUGAGACAGCAAAGUUUUCCACAGCGGCGGGUGGCACUGAGAUCUUCCACACCCCUGACCCGCUUGACCAGCAGCUGCAGGCAGAUGAACAGCACGAGAACAUGAAAAACAUUUUGACGACACCAGAGCCACAGACUCGAAGGAGCAGAGGAGGCAAUAGAUCUGUUGGAAGAAUCAGUCCACCAAAUCUCUCCACCUCUAAAGAUGGAGCCGAUGGAGCAAGUCCAGCCGAUGAUGCUACGGAUGAAAUCAUGGACCGCCUGGUGAAAUCUGUCACACAGAAUCCCAAUCAGAGGCCAUCUACUCCCAAAGAACGCAAAAGGUCAAGAGCAAACAGGAAAUCCAUACGAAGAACUCUGAAAAGUGGUUUGACCCCUGACAUGGUCCAAGCAUUGGGUUUGUCUAAAACAUCAGAAGUAGAAGUAUAAAACAAUUGGUCUGAAGAAUGGGUCCCGACCUGAGACAUCGCCUGUUCAUGUCCUCCAGAGAUGCUGCUUGACUUGCUGAGUUACUCCAGCAUUUUGUGCUCUAUGCCAGAUUCUAGCAUCAACAGUUCCUUGUGACUACUCUGAAGUAUAAAACAACUUAAAUACAGAGGAAACACAAUUUGGUGCCUAAACAUUCAGACACUUCAGUAACGGAAUAAAUAAAAAAAUACAGAAAAUAUUUUUGUAUUCCUCAAUUUGUGGCAAGCUCCAAAAUGUUACAAAUACUUUUAAUUAUUAUGAUAAGCCUGAGUCUUGUCUUUGCAUAUUGUUGGAUGGAAUCAUGUAUGGAACAUAAAUCAUUUGGAUUGGGUCCACUAAAGUUGAUAGUCAAACUCAUUCCGGAUAAUGGAUUUAGAGGGGAAAUUGAGGUUCAGCCUAAGUGCUCAAAAUGUCCCUUUGAAACUUGGGCUCCAGCAGGUAUUUUCUGCCUAAGUUACCAGCAUUCAAUUGAAAACCUGCAUAAAUAUUUCACCCCAAAAAGCAUUCUCCAAUAUUUCUUGAAGACAGUGAUUUUGCUAGGGUACAAUCCUCUGGGUAUUGUUUACCUGCUAGCGACUUACCCAGGAACAAAACUGGAUAGCGAGUGGCAUCAAAUAAUUAGAAGAUAAGAGCUUCCCAACUCAAUUUGAUCCUGUCCUCAUUCAAGGUUCACAUUUGCACUUCUAGAUGGGCGCAAAAUUCUGGAGUAACUCAGUGGGACAGGCAUUAUCUCUGGAGUCUCAGUCUGAAGAAGGGUCUCAGCCUGAAACAUCACCCAUUCCUUCUAUCCAAAGAUGCCGCCUGUCCCACUGAGUUACUCCAGCAUUUUGUGUCUAUCUUCAGUGUAAACCAGCAUUUGCAGUUCCUUCCUACAAACUUCUAGAUGGAACUCAGUGGAAGGGAAUCAUCCGUGCAAGCACUGGCCAGAGUAUUCUUCUAACUACACAGACAUGAAGGACCCUUCUUUCUUCUAUUGGCAAUAAUUAACAGACUGACUGUGCACCAAGGAUUGAACUUGAGGCCUCCUUGGUAUAUGUGGCAUAUGAUGCUUUUACCCUUUGAGCCAACAGGGUUUUCCACUAAACUUUAAAUACUAAGGAGAUUUAAUUGACUUUGGGUUGAUUAGAACAGCUAUGUCUUUAACCAUGUUUAUAACUUUGUAAAAUUUAAAAUGUGUUGUACAAAUAUUUUGAACUGACAGGGUGGAGAAUUGAAAUGAAUAAUAAUGAAUUACUACCUUGUAGUUAAAAAAAAGGAUAAAGUAUAUUCAUUUGUUAAGAUAACAAAUCAAGUGCAUUUGGAAUUGUCUUCAUGCAGCAUGAUAGAAAUCUGUUAGCAGAUAUGCAUGGAAAAGCAUACUCUGCAUAAUCCAUAUUUUGGAUAUAAAUUUGCACUUGGAUGUCACCUUUAUUUUUUGGCAGUAUUAUGAUCACAUUUUAAAAAACCACUAAUUGACAAAUCAAUUAUUAUAUUAGUUGCAGGGUAAUCCUGAAUGCAAUAUAUAAUACUCCAAAGGCAUCUUCCUUUGAGUGUUUCGCAAGCUGACUCAAAACAAAUAUGCAGAUUUAAGCAAUAUAUUCACUGUUACAAAUGCACACAAUUCUACUUUUUAUAUAGAAAAGGUCAUAGGUCCUUUAGGACUGUGCGAUGUGUUUUGAUAAACUUUUUAUUUUUAAUCUAUGAAAUAUUGUUUGUGAAUGUUUGUAUGAGUAUUAUUGCAACGAUUAAAUCUUUCAUGUUUUUCUUGCGAUGCUUUGUUCUCUACUUUAGAGGUUUAGAAAAUCAAGCUUCUUUCAGUUUAUCUUUGCCUACUGCUAUGACAUUGUGUACACAUCUUUGAAGUCUAGGUCCUUGAUUGAUUUGGAGAAUUAGAGUACCUUUUGAGCUCAUUACAAAAACAUUUCAAGUGUUUGCAGGAGCAUGCACGGGACUUCAUAUUUGUUAGCAUUGAGGGGAUUGUGGUGGUAGCACCCGUCAAUAAUGUUAUGUAAUCAAUACAUGUGCGUAUUUUAAUUUGAGGGAGAGGGCUGAGGCCCACCUAUCGCACACACCUAUGUCUUGGUCACUUUCUUUCCUCCACACACUGUCUGAGAAACUGAUGAUCAGGUGCCCUCUAAUAAUUCAGCAGACACUUUUGUUAACGCUCCAUCUUUUCAAGUAGGGGAGUACCACAUGUUAGAUCCAAGUUGAUUUUUCCACUGUUGCUAUAAGCCUCCACUUUAACUGUACAAUCUCUUCAGUGCAACUGAUUAAAUGCAAGGCAAUAAUUCUGCAAAAGGAACUCUUAUACCGCCAGGCAUUCUGUACCUCUAAAAUUAUUUCACAAGAUAAAUACAGAUAUAGAAGCCAGCCAGGCCAAGUUAACGCGUGUAGCUAAAACAAACAAGUAAAAUCUCUUCCUCGACAUCCAAAAUGGGAAUAUGGGAUUGUCAGAAUGGAUCAGGCUUGAUAGAGCAGGCACUCCCUUCCUGUAGAACAUUAUUGUGAAAUUGAAUGAACUGAAGAUUCAUCUCAUUAGUCAUUGCAGUAAUUGGAUGGUGUGUAUAUAGGCCGUGCAGUUGUCUAUAAUGUAACACCACUUACAUUUCAAAAGUAAUCGAAGGUAUGUCAAAAGCUUUACAGCAUCCUGAAGAUGUAAAAGGCACCGUAAUAAUAUUCAUUCAUUUCGUUAAUUUUCUCUGAAGUGCAGUAAACCCGGCCUCUCUCACCCUAUUGCCAUGAGUAGUGGGACAGGGGCAUAACCGUGAAACACUGUUUCAUUUCAUAUUUAAGGAUCAGUAGUUGCACUUUUUCGAAGGUCUCCAUUCUGGCUGUUUUUCAAGCUAAGUUCCCUCUUGUAUCAGUCCCCCCCCUCCCGAGUGCCUGGUCCCCACUCACUUAGGGCCAAACUUUCAGCUCUGCUCCACAGUGCCUCUGGGACUGGAAUGCUUCCAUUGUGUCCAGGUGGUCAUAACCGAAACAAUACUCAAGGUGCACUAUGACCAGAACAUUACAUUUUCUGACUCAAUUCUUCAAUUAUUUGGCAGUAUAAUUCAGCAUUUUAAUACAUUGUUGUUUGCUACUGUAGAGUGAAUUGCCAUGUUAAGUGCCAAGUAUAUUAAUAUCCCCAAGUCUCUCUCAGCCUUAUUCAACUAUUUCAUUCAUUUAUUAUAUACAUUGUCUGUUUUUUCUAUCAAGAAUAGUACAUCUCAUUUAUGGAUUUUACUUGACUCUUGACUCUCAUCACAGCUUGGUGAGUGUGAAUUUAACUGCAACCUCUGAUUCGUGAUGAGUCUGAGAAUUUGACUGCAUCUUCUGACUUGUGACUCUUAUUACAGCUUGGUGAAUCUGUGAAGUCAUUGAUAUAAAUUGGAAACUUUUGUUGUAUCACCAAUCCAUUCAGAGUAACUCACAACCACUCGCGAUCCCACUUUCUCCUCAUCCUCUCCCAUUUAAAAAAAAAAACCCUAUUUCCUUUUCUUCACUAAAGUUCUUCAUUUAUUUCAUUUUUUUACAAUGGUUCAAAGCAGGAACAGUACAAUGAGAUGGCUCUUUCAGGGGAUCUGUAUCAAGAUUUUCUACAAACCCAGUUGAGAUCUUUAAUUAUUUAUUAUAUCAAAAAAUAAUUGCUUAAGUGUGAGAAGUUUUAGUUAUUAUUUAGAUAUGUGGCUUGGUUUAUCCUGGACCCAGCCCAUUGCCCAGAUCCCACCUGCCUGCACCUUCUCCAGAAGUGGUGACGCACUACAGGAUGAGGUGACCUUCAGGCCCCAAUAGAUGGCCAUCAGGAGAGGCGGAGUGAGCUUUGAAUGACAUGUUAGUAUGAAAUGUUGGAAGGGAAGGGGGUGGGAGGAACGGUUGUGCAGCUAGUAGAGCUGCUACCUCAGCUUCAGCGAUCCAGCUUCAAUCCUGACCCUGGGCGCUAACUGUGUGGAAUUUGCACGUUCUCUCUGUGACCUCUGGUUUCUUACUAUGUCCCAAAGAUGUGCACGUUGGUAGACUAAUUGGUCAAUGAAAAUUGCUCGCAUUAUGUAGAUAAUUGGUUCAAAAAACUGGUUGGGAAUUGAUGAAAAAGUGGGCAGUAUAAAAAGUGGGAUUAAUGUAAUAGUGUUAGUGUAAAUGAGUGGUAGAUCAUCGCAUGGACUCGAUGGGCCAAGGUGCUGUUUCCUUGCGUAUUUCUCUUUUUAAAUGGAUUUGCAUAAUCAAAAAUAACCCGUUUUAAAAAAUAUUUAAAAACACAUUAAAAUUCCAAGAAAUAAUUAAAACCAUUAAAUAAAAUAUAAAACCAAGCAAUCACCUUUUUUCUAUGAGGUCUGCAAACCCAUUCAAAUGAAUGUUGUAACUAUUUGUGUCCUGAUUCUUACUGGAGUAAGGAUGAUUGUAAAAUGCAUCCAACCCCCCAUUAGCAUGUUAGUCUUCUGUUGCUUUCCCAAUAGCAAGUCCAUUGUCAGAGAAGAAAAAUCAGAUGGACCAACAUCUGACCUGGUCAUCUCGAUAUCGGCCAUUGAUUGCUUGUGUGGAUAUGAGAUGUAGCACAGUGCAGAAAACCAUUUACACUCCAAAUAUUUGAUUCCAUUUGUCAUUUUUUAUGGAAUACUAACUUACAAAAUGCACCUAUGGCCCAAUUGCUUCUUUGGAAUACGGGUAAUCAUAGUUAUAGAGUCAUAGGUUGUGGAAACAGGCCCUUUGGCCCAACUUGCCUACACCAACCAACAUGUCUCAUUAGUCCCACUUGCUUGCGAUUGGCCCAAAUCACUCUAAACCUAUGCUAUCCAUGUACCUGUCCAAUUGUUUCUUAAGCUUCGCGAUAGUCCCUGCCUCAACUACCUCCUCUGACAGUUUAGCUUAGUUAAUCGUUUAGCUUAACUUAUUUACAGUCCAAUGUAGCAUCUUCAAAUUCUGACGACUUACUGCACAGGAUAAAACACAAAGAGAUCCUACAGUUUGCAGUACAUGGAGAGCAAUUAUUUGAACCGCCGAUAUACUGCUGAAGCUAUUCCAAGAAACUGGAACACCAGUAUGUUUGUAGGUAGUCUUUUUGAUUGGGAAAAUAUGGGUUUAAGAAAUUUGGCUCUUUUUUAUGGUGCUGAAGGUUUAAACUGUUUGUACCUAAACAGGAUGGUAGGGGGGAAGAAUGUAGUCGCAACAUGAUGAAGUCUGAGGUGGAUGGCAAACCAUUCCCACUGUUUAACGAGAGGAAUCUGCACUCUAACUGUAUGGUGGACAGGUCAUUUGAGACCAGAAAUAGUAGGGUACUCAAGCAAGACAAUAAAAGCAUGGUUGUGGAUAUCAUCCAUGUGCUCAUCUUCAUAUAAUGUCUACAAGGGAUGUUGUAUAAAAUGAGGAGGAAGAGUGGUUGGGUGGGCCUGGGCUAAUGGUUUAGGAUCAGGAGGAUAUGCUGUCUUGAAGAUGACCGGAUUAUGGUUGGAUCUAUAUGAAUGGAACCAAGUGAGGGAAAGUUUCACUGAACAACAGAAGAGAGACAGACCAGUACGAGUUAAUGUCAAAAAGAUUCAAAGGAGACAAUGGUACAGAGAAAUAAAGAGGGAUUGAUGGGAUUGGUUGAUUAGGAGCCAGCAUUGACUCAGUGGGUCAAUAGCCCCUUCCUCUAUCAUUAUAAUGAGAAUGGGGUCCAAGAACAUGAGUGUUUCCAAUGGGCAAAAUGAGUUUAAAAAACAUAUAUUGGAGGCAACAUGCAGUUUUAACUAAUGGGUUUGUAUGGAGGGCUGAAUGGACGUAAAACAUUUUUUAUUCUGUGUUAUUUUUGAGGAGAGUUGGAUAAAAAGGAAAUGAAAGAUGAAAUAUUAAGGUUAGCAUAAGGGAGAGCCUGUGAGGAGGUUUGGCUUCGUGGGCAAGACCAUUGGGCAUGUGGUGGGCAGUAACCAAUCUUCAGACAAAGUCUCCUUUAAAAUUCUCAUUGUGGGAGGUGAUGGAGAGACAACAAAAGAAAGCUAGUAGACCUCCUGCCUCACAGCAACAGUGACCCGAGCUCACUCCUGACCUCCAAUGCUGUUUGCAUGGAAUUUAAACUCCAGAAUCUCUUACACGCAGGAGUCAGUAAAACCUGUACCAUAAAAAAGCUUCAAGUAAAUGUAAAUGGUAUAUGUUAUACACAGUGUUCUUAAGAGAAAUAAUGAGGAUCAUGGGAAAACUGUAUAAGUAACAGGACUCUGGCUGGAACCCAGAACUCUGAAUUAUUCUUAUUAUAAAAAUAAGUAAGACAUGAAUCAUGGAAUUAUUUCAAUCAGCAUCAAUCAUGGUGCAGUCAUUUGUACCAUUUCAUAAAUCAGUAAAUUAAAGUAAUAUGUUUGGAAAAUGUGGCUUAAAUCUGAUUAUCAAUUAAAGUAUACAAUCUAAAUGAAAUUGCUCAUAUUGUAGAUGACUAACUUUGGUAAAAAAAAAGAGAUUUAACAAUGGAAAGGGAUCUCUAAACCAACAAGAUGGAAUAACAAGAAGAUGCCGUGAUUAUCGACCAUUAAAAUGACAACAUAUCUCAAAAGCCAAGGAUGAGAAUGUCCAAUUUUGGCCAUAAAAGUAUACUUCAUUAGCUCUUCCAAAAAAAUGUUCAGGUGUAUUUUCGACAUGAUGAUUACCCUUUUUCUCUAAUUGUUGGAAACAUUUCUUGCUUGGAAUUAAUGUGUUUUUAAUUGUUUCACUUACACCAUCCGAUCAUCAACUCGAGAGCGGUCCUGAGCUACAAUCUACUUAAUUGGAAACCCUCGGUUUAUCUUUAAUCUGACUUUUCUGGACUUUAUCUUGCACUAGAUGUCAUUCCUUUUAUCCUGUAUCUGUACACUGUGGGUGGCUUGAUUGUAAUCUUCCUGAAUCUUUCCACUGACAGGAUAGCAUGAAAUUAAAAGGCUUUCAACUGUACCCCCGGUGGUACAUGUGACAAUAAACUAAAAAUGAAACUAAAUCGGCAUCGCAGUAAUUUACACCUUAUAUCAGGUAUUUUUACCAUACUUUAAAGCAAUAAUCCAAAUAAAGCCAUUAUAGUAAUAUCUUAAUUUUUUAACAAUUGAACAUGCGAACUCGGCCUUUCUGUAUUAGUUAAUAAUAUACAUGAUUUAGGAUACAGACUAACUUUUCAACUUGGUUUGGCACUUUGGUUCUGAAGUAAGGUAUCCAUUAUGCUUUUCUCCUUUUAAAAUAACCCUUUGUUCAUCCAAUAUAUCAUAUAUAAUUAGUCACCUUACUUCAACCUCAAUGUAGUACUUUUCAUUUAUUCGUUUUUUUAAAACAAUUAAACCUCCUUUGCAUAUCCUCUUGGUAUUUCCAAUAAAAAAUAAGUACUGAAUCCCAACAAUGGCUCUGUAAUCGGAAAUGUUUACAUCUUCCCACUAAUGUCUUGUUUUUUUGCAUAUUCUUUUUGUUUUCUUUUAUCAUUUGCAGAAUUUAUGUGUUGCUUAUGUUUAAUGUAAGUUUUUGUCUGAGUCUGUAUCUGUGAUGCUGUUGCAUGCAGAAUUGUCAUUGUACCUGUACCUCAACACACUUUGACAACAUGUGGAAAUAAACUCAACUUGACUGGA